AUGGAGGGCACAAGGGACAAGCAGGAGGCUGGACCCAGCCCGGUGGAGGUGAUGGGUUGUGGCAUUGCGAGAAAAGCAGUUGUGAUCUCAUUGUGCAGAUCCGAGAAGAUGAGCUGGAAACACGGUAUUCAGGUCCUAUGGCUUGUGCUUCCCCUCUCACUGACUGAGAGAUUCACAGUCAGUGGCCCGGCCCUCCCAGUCCCAGCCAUUGCUGGUUCGGAUGUUGUGCUGGACUGUAAGUGUUCCACAGACCUUCCCCUGGAGGGUGUGGAGGUGAGAUGGUUCAGGACAAGAUUUGACUCCCUUGUGCACUUAUACAGUGAGGGGCGCGAUCAGACAGGCGAGCAGGAAGAAGCCUACAAACACAGAACAGAACUUUUUAAAAAGGAAUUCAUUCAUGGCAAUGUAUCUCUCAAACUCAAAGAUGUAUGGGGCUCAGAUAAUGGCACCUACAGAUGUUUCAUUGACUACGCUGGAUGGUAUGAAGAGGCAGUGAUGGAGUUGAAAGUUAUAGGCCUUGGCAGUCAGCCUUGGAUUCACGUUGAUGGGCAGCACAGUGAUGGUGUGAGGCUGCUGUGUGAAUCCAGUGGAUGGUUCCCAGCACCAGAGGUUCUAUGGUUGGAUGAUCAGGGAAACAACUUAACAACGUUCAGUAACUGGACGGUCAGAGAGGAUUCUAAAGGUCUCUACAGUGUUAAAAGCCAAAUAGAAAUAAUCCAUUCAACGAACAAGAUCAGGUGUCUAAUUCACAAUGAAGAAAAUGAACAAGAAGGGAAACUGCAUAUAUCAGAUGAGUUCUUUCCCAAAGUGCCAGUGAAUUUGGUGGUUUCCUCAGUGCUUUUAGGACUUGUCACAGUGGCUCUGAGUUUUGUUUUGCCUUACAAUAUAAAGCAGCACAGAGAGAUUAAAGAUCUCCAGAAAAGACUGGGUAAGUCACUGGAUCCUGACACAGCCCAUCCUAAUCUCAUCCUGUCUGAGGACCUGACCAGUGUGAGACUUGGAGGCCAAAUGCAGCCACUCCCAGACACUCCAGAGAGGUUUGAUCGCUGGGUCUGUGUCCUGGGAUCUGAGGGAUUAACAUCAGGGAGACAUUACUGGGAAGUGCAGGUGGGCAACAAGACUGCGUGGAAUGUUGGAGUGGCCAGAGAGUCUGUCAACAGGAAAGGAGACAUCACAGCCACACCACAGACUGGAUACUGGACUGUGAUAUUGAGAAAUGGAAAUGAAUACUGGGCUGGUACCUCACCUUGGACCCGCCUGCCUCUAAAAGUGAAAGUCAGGAAGAUCGGAGUUUUCCUGGACUAUGAGGGGGGACAGGUGACAUUUUACAACGCUGAUAACAUGUCUCAUCUCCACACUUUCAGGAUGAGCUGGAAACACGGUAUUCAGGUCCUAUGGCUUGUGCUUCCCCUCUCACUGACUGAGAGAUUCACAGUCAGUGGCCCGGCCCUCCCUGUCCCAGCCAUUGCUGGUUCAGAUGUUGUCCUGGACUGUAAGUGUUCCACAGACCUGCCACGAGAGGGUGUGGAGGUGAGAUGGUUCAGGACAAGUUACGAUUCCCCUGUGCACUUAUACAAGGAGAGACGACAUCAACUGAGGAAACAGGAUGAAGCCUACAGACAUAGAACACAACUGUUUGUAAAGGAGUUUAUCAAUGGCAACGUGUCUCUCAGACUGGGAGAUGUGCGGGUGUCAGAUAACGGAGAGUACACAUGCUUUGUUGAGUACGCCGGAUCAUAUCAAGAUGUAUUGAUAAAGUUGAAUGUUAUAGGGCUUGGCAGUCAGCUUUGGAUUCACGUUGAUGAGCACAGUGAUGGUGUGAGGCUGCGGUGUGAAUCCAGUGGAUGGUUCCCAGCACCAGAGGUUCUAUGGUUUGAUGAUCAGGGAAACAACUUAACAACACUCAGUAAUUGGACUGUCAGAGAGGAUUCUAAAGGUCUCUACAGUGUUAAAAGCCAAAUAGAAAUAAUCUAUUCAACCAACAAGAUCAGGUGUCUGAUUCACAAUUCAGAAAAUGAACAAGAAGCAAAACUCCAAAUCUCAGACGAGUUCUUUCCCAAAGUGCCAGUGGGUUUGGUGGUUUCCUCACUGCUCUUAGGACUUGCCAUAAUGAUGCUGAGUGUUCUGGUCGGCUACAGUGUAAAACAGCAUCGAGAGAUCAAAGAUCUUGAGAAGAGAGUGGUGUUGAAAAGGAUUCGCAGGUGUGCAGUUACAGUCACUCUGGAUCCUGACACAGCCCAUCCCCUGCUCAUCCUGUCUGAGGACCGGACCAGUGUGAGACUCGGAGACAAACAGCAGUCGCUCCCUGACUCCCCGAAGAGGUUUAGUUUGUAUCCCAUUGUCCUGGGAUCUGAGGGCUUCACAUCAGGGAAACAUUACUGGGAGGUGCAGGUGGGCAACAAGUCAUGGUGGAUUAUGGGAUUGGCCACAGAGUCUGUCAACAAGAAUCAACGAAUCACUUGGUCAGCAGAGGGUGGGGUCUGGGUGAGGCUGAGGGGCAAGAGCUAUGAUGCUCUGUCUUCACCUCCCACCCGCCUGCCCCUGACAGUGAGACUCGGGAAGGUCGGAGUUUAUCUGGACUAUGAAGAGGGACAGAUAUCAUUUUAUAACGUUGACAACAUGUCUCAUCUCCACACUUUCACACAAACUUUCACUGAGAAACUUUAUCCUCUGUUCAAUCCCUGGUAUAAUUCUGAGCCUCUGACAAUCUGCCCAGUGACAGGUUAAUGUGGUCGAAAGAGCCUCUCAUCCACCCACACACUCGUAUCCUCCCAACACACACCCUCACAUCCCCCCACAC